AAAUGAGACCCUUUUUUUUUUUUGGAAUAAACAAAUGAGACCCUUGAAAUGCAGUCUUUCUCCACUCUCUUCUACUUUCACCUCCAAAACCCUGCUAACUUACAUUCACAUGGACCCUUCUUCUUCUUCGACAGUUUGUAGCAGAAGAAGUAGAAGCUAUGGUAACAACAUCAUCACCUCCUUAUCGAGGCCAAGGUCGUCGUCGUCUGCCUCUCCUACCAGAACAGCCGCAAUCGACGCUACCCUCACCUUGCAGGAAUGGCAGGGCUGGGGUACCACUUCGCCCAUCCCCGCUACAAUCACCGAUGCCAUUGCUUAUUUGAAGGCCUUGGAAGGUGAGAGUGAUGCGCAGAUGAUUUUUGGCGGUAAUGGCGGUAGGCUGGUGGGUGAAUUUAAAAUAGAAGAGGACAAGAAACAUAGAGCAGCUUAUAAGGCGCUGGUCGGUUCAGAAAUGAAGCUUCAGUUCUUUGCAGCUCGGCAGAUAGCUUGUCGUUUGCUUGGAAGUCGAGGAUACCUUUGUCAAAAGUGCUGGCUUCCUUUUGAAGAUUGUAUGUGCUUGAAGAUCAAGCCUUGCCCACUUUGGCGUGGUAUACGAUUUUGGUUGUACAUGCAUCCUAAGGAUUUUCUACGACAAAACAACACAGGAAAGUUGUUAUGGCAAGUGUUUGGUGUGCAAGCUGCAACAUUGUGCCUCUUUGGUAUUGUUGAACAUGAAGACAUAAUGUGGAAUGAAUUGAAGAAAGCUGGGAAAAACAAUGUAUGGUGCAUGUACCCUAAUAAGUCUGGAGUUCCCAAGUCUGUGAAGGAUUAUUUUAUAUGUGAUAUGCCAAAUGAUGAAGAUUGUGCUUUGUUCAAGACAAGUGGAGACAAUAUCUUGAAUUUCAUUCUUAUAGAUGGUACUUGGAGCAAUUCCACGGCAAUGUUCAAGCGUUUGAAGGAUCGAGCGAAAUUGUUGUGGGGGGAGGAUGACAUAUCUUGCAUAUCGGUUACAGCAGGUGCUUCAGCAAUGCACAAACUCAGGCCCCAACCAUCAUGGGAUCGUACCUGCACAGCAGGAGCAGCUGCUGGCCUUCUUUCUGAAUUGCAGCUUGUUCCUCAAUUCAGCUCAUACUGUCUUGAUAAACAAGCUGAAGUUAUGGAAGAUGCGUUGGAUGCUUUGCUGGAGGCUCUUACUGCUCGGCGUCUUCGCAUGGGCAGAUCCAUACAGCGUACAGUGAAGAACGGCUGUGUCUGCUAGAAUUUACCAUGCUAUUGACAUAUUCCCAUAAAGUUGCUUGUUGUUUAUCAAGAUCUGUAAUUCUUGCUACCAUGGGAUCCUUCUAAAGCAUACAAGUGGUGGUAUCAAGACUUGAUGAAGCAUCAAUGUAAUUGGGUUUUGUAUACGUUCUUACCAUGUACAGAAGCAUACUCUGCAGUUUUAUCGAGACUUAUUGAUUGCAUAUAGAGAUCCUGUGCAUUAGACUGGAACUUCAGUUGACAGUCACAGACACAACUAAACUAAGCUGACAUGAAUCACAUUAGGAAGGAAAUACCGUCUCCGGGGAGCUAUUGUAUUGGAAGGUACAAAUUUGAUGGCAUUCUCUUUUAACAUGCACCGUUACCUCCUUGUGGGGGUUGGAAAACUGCAUAUUAAAGAAGUGAUAACGAAGUGUAAUUUUGAGUUUGUGUAAUUUUGAGUUUGUGUAAUUUUGAGUUUGUGGAAUAGCCAGAAAUACGACUGAUAGGGUUCUUAAUUUCUUAUUACUCUUCAAUGUCGGAUCAUAUUAACUGAUAUUUUGACGUUUCUAUAAAUCUGUUCAAAUUCUUCGA